CUGGCCACUUUCGGAACUAGAGUUGUCAAACCAACCAGCAGCAGUGAGGCGGAAGGGUUGCCUAACAGACUGUACGUACACUGAAAUAAACACGCACUGAUUGUUACCAAACGGGCUGCAUGAUCAACGCUAUCGCCGCUGAGUUGCUCAACAAAUAUUAGCUCUCUUCAUUCAGAAAAGGUACACUCUUGGUCAGAAUCUUAUUUAUACAGUUUAUGCUCUGAUGUGACAAACAUGUUGUAUUCAGGGUUUAUUUUAAAGGUGCUAUGGUUGGUUUUAUGCCAGGCUGCUGUAAGUAGUCGGGGUCAGGCAAACAUAACCAGCAUGCUGGCACCGCAGGCGGACCGGGUCAUGGCACUUGGAGAAUGGGAGGAACGCUGGCAGGAGGACAGAAUUGGUUUCCAUCAGUCUUCUGUUCACAAGAUGCUGGAGAACAACAUUGAUAAAGUUCUUGCUGGACGGACAGGAGUUAGAUUCUUCUUCCCUCUCUGUGGAAAAGCUGUAGAUAUGAAGUGGCUAGCAGACAUGGGCCACUCAGUGGUCGGGGUGGAGAUAUCUGAAAAGGCUAUAAAACAGUUCUUUGAGGAGAACAACAUGACGUACAGCGAGGAGCCUGUCCCUGCCAUACCUGGAGCAAAGGUUUACAAGAGCUCAGAGAGAAAUAUCUCCCUGUAUCAAUGUGACUUGUUCAACUUCUCCAGUUCAAUUGAUGGUGAUUUCGGGGCAAUUUGGGACAGAGGAUCUCUAGUGGCCAUCAACCCAAGAGACAGAGAAAAGUAUGCUACUCUCAUCAUUUCUCUGAUGGCCAAGGACUGCAGAUACCUUUUGGACACUUUGUUGUACAAUCCUGAACUAUAUCAAGGUCCUCCCUUUUUGGUGCCCGACGACCAAGUAAACAGCCUGUUUGGGAACAGCUGUGAUAUAGAACAGCUGCAGUCGCUGGACGCCCUGACAGAAAGACAUCGAGGAUGGGGGCUGGACUACCUGACUGAGAACAUACACCUCAUCACUCCAAAGAGCAUUUAAAAUCUAACUUUCAGGUUUUUAUAGAGAGCUUAUAAAGCAGAUCCUGUCCAUUUUCUAUUGCAAACAUGCAGUUUUUUUAAGGCUUAGACAUCUUUUAAAUACUGCUACAUUCCUGGAGGAAAUGAAGGUGCAUAGAAAUAC